UUUAUCAGACUUGGAAAUAGUUCACAAAGAAAAUUAGUUCAGUGCAGUCUGUCUUGAGCUUGUGUAAUGCUGUUCAUAUCCGUGGUGUCUGUCCCUUGUGAAGUGCAAUGAGCCGUCUCUUGUAGUACGACCCACCAAAUCUUACCAGUAAUCUUCUGAGUCGUGCCUUGUACUUGCUACUUGCAAUGGGAUUCAAAACAGCGUUGCAGAUGUUUGCGAAAGAUGAUCAAUCUCGCCGUGCGCUGAUCCUGCUGGGCGUCAACCUGCUGGUAUGCCUUGUCAUGGUCUACUGGGUAAUGGCAAGCAACAGCCUGGCUCUGCACACGUUUGCCUUUUUGACAUUCUUCGAUAUACUCAGUAUUCUAACAAGUCUGCUGUCAGUGUGGGUAUCCCAGCAGAAGCCAUCCAGUACAUUCUCUUUCGGGUUUGAACGGUUUGAAGUACUGGCUAUCUUCGCAUCCACCAUGAUCAUUCUCCUGUCUGGUGUCUCCAUCAUGAAGCAAGGGCUUGAAAGGAUUCUUGCACCGCCCGCUGUUGAAACGUCGAGGAUGCUGUUUGUAGUCCUGUUAGGUCUGGGCACACACUUACAGGUCACAUAUGGUUUGGAGAACAAAGCAUACCACCAUGUCGCUACAGCGGCUGGUGCUAGCUGGCUUCAGGAUGCGGUGGCCGAUAUGGGACACAGUGUCUGCUCCGCCGUGCCUAUGCUACGCCGCUCCCUCAUUCCUCAGUUCAACCCGCUGGCGUUGGUAUCAUUGACGGCUAGCUUUGCUGUACUGGUUUCCUGCCUUGCCAUUGAUCACUUUGGUGCAAUGACAGCGGAUCCCAUUGCAGCAAUGUGUAUUGCUAUGGUCGUCUCUGGCACCAUGCUACCGCUGGCUACCUACACCGGACGUAUUCUGUUACAGACCACGCCGGAGCACGUUAUGGUACAGCUUGACAAGUGUUUGCGUGAGGUUGCAACUCUGGACGGGGUGCUGGAAAUACGCAAGGAGCACUUCUGGAUGCUGUCGUUUGGCACAAUGGCCGGCUCUCUUCAUGUACGAAUUCGCCGUGAUGCCAAUGAGCAGGAGGUUCUUGCCCAGGUUAUCACUCGGUUAUCGGCCGUCGUGUCGCAUCUCACCAUUCAGACGUUCAAGGAGGACUGGUCGAUCCCGUCGUCCACCACCACCAACACUAUCCCCACGAACAGCCACAGUCACAGCCACAGUCACACCAGCAGCAGUAGCAGUGGCGGCCGUGCUGUGGCAUCACAGCUACCGCUUACCGUCACCGGUCAGGCCACUAGCAGUACUGGCCUAGCCGGCAAUCGUACCGUGGGCAGUCUGCAAUCGCACGUUGUAGAGUUCACGCGGCAGAACUCCGGCACAGGCCCGACGGCCUCGUUCCCGCCAAUCCUGUCGGCCGGCCCCACGGCUUCGUUUCCUGCAGUGCCAGCGGCGGCUACGUUCCACUUACCCUAUGGUGCUGUACCAACGCCCUACUUGCCGGCCAGUGCCUCCUCCACAUCGUCAGGCUCCACCAUCUCCAGUGAUGGCAUGACCGCAGCGCAUGAUCCCUCUGUCCAGUCCUACUUUCCACCUGCACAUGCACAGGGACACUUGACGUAGCUAGAAACCAGCUUGACGGAUCACAUUGCUCGUGUUCUCUAAUACUCCAGUGCGAUGCACAGGUCCAAGACAGCCUGUUUCGUUGGUGUGAAAUGAUGGCUUCAGUCCACCGCUACUGCCACUGGUAAGAAAUGGGUCCCUCGUGAAGAUCUGUAUCAAGGUCUGGGUUGUCGUAUCAUGGAGAUGUUGGCUGCACCACCCUGGUGUGUUGCAGUUUCUUCCCGAAGCGAUACAGCACAAGCUGCAAGGCUAUGUCACGUUUCAAAGAUUUGCUCUUGGUCUCGCAAUGGCCGUCGGGACAUCACCCAGGCCAAGUCAGUUCAGCGCCAUCUGUACAUUCUUCAGGCGAAACGAUUGUGAAUACCAGCCGCUGAGCGGUAUAUGAGCAGUAGCAGCAGCAGUAUGCGUUCUGAGUGGACUUGAUUAGCGUUUUCAAAAUGACUCACUGGGCUCCUUCUUCUUCUCCUGAUCAGUGACUGUUCUUUUGUACUCCCAAAGGUUGGGGAGAAGAAGCAAUUGGUUGGUGGACCUACGAGAUUCUCCGCCUAUACUCAGUUUUAUUUUUACGCCCCUUCUCUCUCUCUCUCUCUCUCUCUCUCUCUCUCUCUCUCUCUCUCUCUCUCUCUCUCUCUCCCUCGCCCUUCCACAGAGCUGGAUCUCUGUGUGCUACUAUGCUGGUCACUAUCUACAGUUGUCUGACUAGUUAUUUUCAACUACAUCACUACUACUACUACUACUACCUUACACUAUACAGCUUACUGAGUUACUCUAAUAAAAUGGUACACUUA